AUGUCUUAUUAACAGAAGGGGUUGAAUGCAAUAAGAUUGUCCCAAAUCAAUUAAACUAUUUUAAAAGCUCGUAAAAGUUAAGAAUAUCCCUCUGAGUGGACUUUGGAUCAUUAAUCUAGAAAUAAUUCACUCAAAUAGAAUAGAGCUAUCACUCAACAUAAUUCAAUCCUCAUAAUGGAAGAGGAGAUUUAAAAAAUGAGAAGACCAUAAACUUCAGAAGGAAGUAGAAGGAAUAAAAUUACAGAUCAUCAAGGUAAAUAAGUGAUUUAAAACACUAAUACAAAAUAUGAGAUUUUAGAAUGUGAAAAUGAAGAUGAUAAAGAGUAAAUAAUUAUAAAAUAAGUAGUGAAUAAUAGCUGUAAUAUAAUUUUCUUAUAACAUGCAAUUCUAGCAAUACAACACGAAAUAAUUAGAAUAAAGUUCCAUUUUAAAGUACUCUUGAUAAAGAUUUUCUAAGUUUGUUUGCUAAUGAUUGA